GCUGCUGAGUGUGCAGGGUUCGGGUGCAUUCCACGCCUGCUGAGGGGCCCGGUCCUAUAAAAACACUGGGGAAAGGCUGCAGCCCGACAUUGAUUAGACCGGAUCUGUCCCACAUCUAGAGCCUGGUGACAACAGCAACCAUGAAUACACAACAACAGAUGAUGGAGCAGAUGGGGCAGUGGAGGAUCACUGUCUGGGAGGAGGAGAACUUCCAGGGCAAGCGCUGCGAGUUCAUGCUGGACUGUCAGAACAUCAUGGAGAGGGGCUUCCACAAGAUCCGCUCCAUCAAGGUGGAGAACGGCGCCUGGGUUGGAUAUGAGUAUCCUGAAUUUCAGGGUCAGCAGUUCAUCCUAGAGAAGGGCGAUUAUCCCCGUUAUGAAGCCUGGAGUGGAAACAGCAGUUACAGAACCGAACACAUGCUCUCCUUCAGACCUAUUAAGUGUGCUAACCACAGUGACAGCAAAGUGACACUCUAUGAGUGUGAAGACUUCCAAGGACGCAAGUUUGAGAUGUGCGAUGACUACCCCUCCCUUCAGGCCAUGGGCUGGUGCAGCAAGGAGGUGCCCUCCAUGAAAGUCAACUCUGGAGCCUGGGUGGCCUAUCAGUUCCCUGGUUACCGCGGAUAUCAGUACAUCUUGGAGAGGGACAGACACCAAGGAGAGUACAGAAACUACAACGAGUUCAGCACCCAAGCCCACACCAACCAAGUCCAGUCUAUUCGCAGAAUCCAGCACUUUAUUCUCACAUCAAAAGAAGUGGACCUGCCCUGCUAAUCGUUUCUUUUUUCUUCCUUUUUUUGUGUCAACAUAAAGUCGUUUUCUUAAACUUUCUAGCACUAUCGAACUACAUUACCUUUUCAUGAUUCAGCA